AUGAAUCCUCCUUCGUAUAACAUGAGCUUCUGCAAGGGUGGAGGGUACGAGCGGCUAUGGGAGGAAGGGCAGAAUCCAAGAUCGCAGCCCGAGCAUGACCAAAACCUCAUGCCUGAUGAAAACUUUGGCCUGCCGUGGGAUAGCUAUAGCGCAUCGCUCUCUUCGGGCAGCGGCAUGGAAACAGCAGCACCCUCGCCAGGGACCGAUUUCUCUCCGGACCUGCGAGCUAUGCCGCCAAUGAGCGAUCUUGCGCUCGACAGUGAUAUCUACAUACGGAAUCUGAGUGAUCCUGCCAUCCACCCGGUCCACAAGUUUGAGAGCACGGUUAUGAAUCCUCAGUACCCGCCCUACAUCGAGGAUUGUUCGCUCCAUCCGGCUCACCAGCCUACCGUGAUGUGCAACGGACCGUACCAUCCUCGAACCCAGUCUUUAGACAGUUGCUUGUCGGCGUCAAUGAUACCUACUGGGUCUGGCGAGGACUACUUACAUGAGAUGAUAGCCCCGGCGCCACUCAUGGAGAGAAAUGGACACUUUGAACGCGCAAAUGAUUUGGAAAACAACAAAGAGCAGAAUAUCCAAGUGCCUCAAAGCACAAAGACUGAAGACACAACACCUACCUCUGGGGCAGUCUCAAAGACACCAAAAGAAGAAGCACCCCCCGUCAAGGCAGAAGUCAAAGAAGAAAUCGUCUCGCAAAUCAAGGACAAGUCCGACGUUGCGCAGAAAAAGCGCAAACGGAGCCAAAAGGACAGCAUAAGCGAGGAAUCCACCGAAGAGCUGCUCUUCGCGUGCCCUCUCUACAGGAAAUAUCCGCUUCAGAAUAUGGAUUGUGUGAACCGCAAGCUCACGCGGAUCCGGGACGUGAAGCAGCAUUUGCUCCGACGCCAUCUUGCGUAUCGCUGUCCCAUCUGUAAUAUACCGCUCCCUUCCGCGGCGCGCAAGGAGGAGCAUAUGGUGGAGCGGAACUGCAGCCCGGCCGAGUCCGCGGAGAGGUUCGGUCCUGAUGGCAUCACUCAGGAAGUACAUGACAUAUUGAAGAAGAGGAGCCAUAGAGGGAAGCCUCCGACCACUAAGUGGUAUGAGGUGUGGGAGAUCAUCUUUGGCGACACAAAUCGGGAGGAAAGACCGUUCCUCGGUCCCAUGAUGGAAGAGACAGCCAAGCUGAUGCGGGACGUCUGGGAUAAAGAGAGCAGGUCCAUUGUCCAAGACGUCAUAUUGGAUGGUAGUGAUAAUAGUAAUCAAGCCGAACAACACAUGGAGGCCAUGAUGGCCAUGUUCGAAAAGGUCCAGGACCGAUUCGAAACGCGCAUCCACGAGCUUACAAGUCGUGAAUCCACAUCUGAGAAGAGCAGCCCCGUGAUGGCUGCCAGCCAGACACUGGCGAAAGCAAAGAACGCCAACAACAGACCAAAAACAGAGAACACCGGUAGAGUCUCGCCCCAGCCGGACGGCGGCGACGAUACCCCAACAACAGAAGAGUCCGGUAUACCAUCAUUACCCUCUAGCUCGGGGGAUACAAUGAGCCAUUAUACGUUGUCUUCACCCAAUGAUGCCAAUCAAGGCCGUGCCCAUUCUGGGCUCAAAGGCCAAGCCAGCUGGCCUGCAACAUCACAGGCCUCGCUUGACAAGAAUGGAUCGCCGCGGAGCGUGUACUCGAUGGCGUCACUUACACGGUCCUUGACCUAA